AUGGGCAUCCGCCUCCCAGGUGACAGCCGGCAGGAAGAGAUUGACCUGGAGAAGUCAGGAAAGGUCUGCUCUCUCCAGAGAUAUCGAUGGAAUAUCUUGCAAGACAAGAAGGAACCGAUGGAUAUCGCUGGUCUCUUUCGGGUCGAAGUUCGACUCCGGGAAAACACCCAGGCGCAAAUGAGACUCACUGCGAAGCUGCAGGAGGUACUUACCGAUCCACUCCAGAAAACUGUGAUUCUGGAACUGCAGGAGCAGAUUGCCAAGUUGUCCAGCGAGUAUUGGGACUUGGAAAUGCGAUGGUGGGAGAUCAAAUGCGGGUUUUACGUUGGCCCCGUGUCAAGAGGGAUUGAUUUCUGGCGCGCACAGCCGAAAUGGUAUAUGCACCCAGUGCUGAUAGAAGACUGCGCGGGGAGAGGGGGCUGUUGUGCGAGAGACUGUGGGUGCUGCGUCCAUCGAGAGAGGCGGUGGGGACGAAAGCUUGCUGCUGGCCAUUGCACGACGGAAUGUGGUUGUUGCGAGAAAGCUCGCGGCUUCGAACUCAGCGAUGAACAGAAGACGAGGCUCCGAAAGCUGAUACAGCCUGAGAACGGCACUGUGCACUACGAGAAGAUAAGAUUCGCAUCUCUGCUCGGCCUGGAGGUUGGGAAUUUCGAGAAUCCGCUUGAUCGGAUUAAUGCUCCCAAGAUAUACUGGAUGUGGGCAUGGAUUCUGGCGGUGCUUGCUUGGUUAUAG